CCCGCUGUCUUGGGGUACCCAAUAUGGCGGAAGAAGAUUUAGAGUUAGAUAGUUGGGAAGAACAAGCCGAUAGUGGUAUUCUCGACAAGAGACUAGAAGAAAUGUCUCUAGAUAUUAAAAGUAAAGAGAAUGAAAAAAGAAAGCAAACACAACAUUUAGUCUCUACCCCUAGCCCAAUUUUAAUAGAAGAAAGUGGAAAGACACAGUACCAGCCCCAGGUCCGUAUUUUGCGCAGAGAACCAAAAUCACCAUCCAGUCCGCCAAAGAAACACACAAAUAAUAUAGGCCCCUCCUGUGUCACAGGCUCCUCCAAACAUAAUAAAUCACUGCAGCAAAGAGAGGCUGAGUAUGCUCAAGCUAGGAUGAGAAUAUUUGGUUCACUUCCACCAGAAGAUGAUGAUGAUGAUAAUAAUGAAAAUAUAGACAAUUUUUCUAGAGGAGAUGAUGACACUUUAGAUAAAAGCAGCUCUCCUCAAAUGAUUAAACCUGACCCUUCAUCUCCCAGGGUAUCCAUUGUUCGACAGCCUAGAGGUCCUGAUGGUACAAUUGGUUUUAAAAAGGCUGAUCCAACCUAGCAUUAGUUAAAAAAAAAAAUUUUCCUUUUUUAGUUUGAUGUGAUGUGGCAACUUCCAUAUUCUGGUACUUUGUGCUAAUCUUUACUUGGCUUGCCUUUUGUAAGAUUUAUUAGUCUAUAGUUUUAUAUCAUGAAUUUUCAUAAUAAAAAAAUUCUAAUUUUGAAUUUUAAAAAAAAUGGUUUCAAAAUUUUUUUAAAGCCAGUUUGAGAAUUUGUCUCACCACAUCAAAAUGUAUGUAAAAAAUUUAUGACUGUUUUAGAAAAAAAUACUUGAUAAUAUAUUUUAAAGAAUUGUAUACAUGUAUAAAUUCCCAGAAAAUAUCUUUGUAAGUUGACCAGUUGACCAUAAGAACUACUGGCAUCAACAUUAUUGAUUAGGAUAAGCUGGCUAAAAACCCCUAAAUGGAUUAGCACUGUAAGUUGUGACAAUACAAAGGUUGACGUGAAUUAUCUGUGUAGUAUUAUUUUAUAAUUGCAUCAAUUAUAAAUUUUACCCCUGGAGAAUGUAUAAAAUUUAUAUUUAUUAUUCUUUUAAAACUGGAAAUAUUUUAUUCAAAAGACUAUUAUUUUUAAACAUGUUUUCAAACUUCCAAAAAUCUUUAACUUGUCUUGGCUUAUUCAAUUAUUUAUUUAAAGUAACAAACUUUUGAACAGAUUGAAAGCAUAUAUGAUAUAAAUAGAUAUUAAGAACACAUUGUGUGUUUAAAAAAAAUAUACGUGACUGUGUUAGUCAUGUCAGACAUCAGCAAUUAUUGGCGUAUGAAGAUAAUUAGUCAUGAUAAUGCCAUAAUCAAUAAUUGUUUGCUGUGUGAAACAUGUUUGUUGUACCAUCUGUAGGUAGCAACUUGUUAUGUCAUGACUGGUCAUACAUUUCUAUAGCUGCCAGCUGUUUGUCUAAACUAUUUUAACAAGAAUGUAUGAUCAGACUCUAGGUAUAUGUUCAAAAUCUUUUAACAAACACUGUUUUUUAAUUGAUUUAAUCGAGACUUAAGCUGUCAGAAAGAUUUGUUUCUUGUUUAAGUGAUUCAAUUUGUUUUAGUUCUUACAAGCCGUUUUUAAAAUCUUACAAUUUCCGGUGCUUCAAUUAUAAAAUGAAAAUAAUUUAUUUAGCGUUUAUUUUGUCUUGAGUGUAAAUAAACGAAUGAAAAAAGAUAAAAAUUAUGCUGUAACUUAUGCGAAGGGAAGGCUGGAUAAAGUGAUGGUUGUUUAAAUUAAAUGAUAUUUAUUGCUCUUAGUCUUAUCCUUGUGUGGUUAUUUUGUUUUAAAAUAUGCUCUGUUGUAAAUUCAACCACAAAUGCUCCUACAAGGACACAAUACUGAAAUAAUGAUCUAUGUCUUUAAGCUGAAUGUUUUGUACAUAAUAAAAAUAAACCCACCAGUGGUUACCUGAACCUACUUAAAUUUGGUUGAAACCAGUUGAGUCCAACUCUGAUUUGAACCACUUUGUUUUUGUGCUCCCAUCUGUUAGCCCUACCCACAUCCCUGGUUUAACAUGAUCAUUUUGUACGAAAUAUUUUGUUUGCUGUAUAGAUCAUACAUCACAAGUUGGUCUUUAAUGUGUGGUUUCUGUUUGUAUUUUUUUGUAAAUUAUUUAAUGAUUCUUUUCAUUGUAAACUAUUUUUUAAUUCAUUCAUUUCCUUAAAAUAUUGUUAAUUAAUAUUUUAAAUUUUCUAAUUUUAAUUCAAUCAGAAGUGUAAACUAAAAUAUAAAAUAAACACCAGUGGUUGCAAGCAUCUUCUUUUUAAAAAACUAGUUCUAUUGUGAGACUGCAACAAAAAUAAGAAUAUUUUUAAAAUGUGAUUUUAAAGCUAAAAUAAAAAAUUAGAUAUUUCAACACCCAAGAGCUGUAAUUUUAAAGCUAGAAUAAAAACAUGAAAUGACGUGAGAAAAAUGAAAUAUUUCAACAACCCAGGGGAUGAUUAUUGUGACAAGGUGUGGGCUGGUCCUACUCUGAUGUAGGAGAGAUUCUAACUUGUGUGUUAAAAGUCUUUUUGAUUUAGGUGUUUUAAUUUUGUUAAAAUUGGUUAUGGGGGGAUGGGUGGGAAGGAAUGACUUGUUUAAAUAAAUAAAGGAUGUGGUGGAACAGUUAAAACAUGAGUAAUAUUUAGCAGAAAUUCUGAGUUAUUUUGGUAAUGAUCUUUCUCAUUUCCUAAUGGUUUUGGGCUUCAAGGUUACAAGGAAAAAAUUAUAAACUAUAAUGCAUUGUCUUUUAUUCUUGUAAACAUGAAGGUUAUUACCAACAUUAGUUAUCUGUUCAACAGUACUAAACAACAAAACUAACAUAGUCAUCUGUUCAACAAUGCUACAACAAAAAAAUCUCCCUGCCUGUUACUAAAACAUCCAGAUGUCCUUCUAUAUGUUGCCAUUACUGAUACAUGCAAUAACUCAUUGUCUUACAUUAUAUUCACGAUUAUGAUAAAUUAAUUUAACAUUCAUUCAUUUAAAAAUGACAAAUGUAUUAUAUUAAUUGUAAAAAUAAAAGGUAGUUAUUACUUGUAUAUAAAUAGGUCUAUAAAAAACUGUUGAUCUUGAGUGGAUGGAAGAGUAACUAAUGCCUUUAGGGUCAACCUAAAACCCUUCGUAACUUUUUUAUUAACCAUAAAAUUUGUGGGGUUAGUUAAGACCUACCCCAUCAUAACAUGAAGUAUUUUAACUAUAAAAUUUGUGGGAUCUAUUAAGAUCUACCCCAAAAUAAUAUGAACUAUUUUAUUAAGUAUAACAUUUAUGGGGCUUGUUAAGACCUACCCCAUCAUAACAUGAACUAUUUUAUUAACUAUAACAUUUGCCUGUGGUGUUUGUUUAGACCUAAGUGUGAACUAAUGCAGUUUUGUGAAAUAAUUUUUGUGGCCAUCUUAAGGACUUUUCACAAAAAGUGCAUUGGAAUUGUUUUAUACAUAUUAUAAAUAUAAAAUUUUUGCCUUGCUCUUUCAAAUAUUUGUGCGUACUUGUCAAAGGUUAACUGAAUCUUUUUGUUGAUUUCUUUUGUUGGUUUGUUUGAUUAGCAUUUUUUAAUUUAUAGUAAGUUAUCUGCUGCUAUUUUAAGUCUUAUAAGUAGUUCCCACCCUUUUCCCAAAAUUAACUGUUAAUGGAUUGAUUUUAAUUUGUGUUGUCUCUUUAAUUAGAACAAAAAUAUUGGCCAAAGUUUUAAAUAUUUCUAACAGUAUUUUGAAUCAAUGUUUUGAUUUUAAGCAGUGAGGCUGAAUUUGUGUACAUGUAGAUUAAACUCAAGUUUUUGAAUGCGUUUCCA